GUGCUAGAAGUGUUUAAAAAAUGUUCAAAUUUGAAGAAAUGUUUGUGAUUUUUUGUAGUCAGUGAAUAAUUAAGAAACAUUCGAAAAUUUAAAAAUGCGAGAACAUUUUGAACAUAGCAUAGAAAAUAAUAGAACAGUGAUUUAUAAUUCACACAGGCCAGAUGACGCGUGCGCAGUCCCAGCGUAUUGGCCUGCAGACAUGGGGAACGCGGUGACGCCUCCAGAAAAGGGGCAGGUCUUAGACCCCCAACCCAAAACGUCGCAGACCCAAGCUGAGGGGCUCGGCAAGCUGUUUGGAAUACCUCCGACACAUACGGAAGAUCCAGAAGUUAAGAAAAAGGGGAAAAAAUGCCAUUUAACUCUCAAAAUAGUCUUCUUGGUGUUAGCAACUAUUAAUAUCGUGAAAUCAAUAGCUUUAAUCGCAGUGUCAGUAACCACGGCGAUAGCGAUAAAGAUCUUCACGGAUGAGCAGUCGGGCCGGAGGGUGGCGAUGAUCAUCAUAGCCAUCACGGCGGCCAUCACACUUUCUAUAUCUAUCUACUCUAUAGUCGCUGUGAUGACGAAUAAGACACACAGGCUUAUGCUAGCUUCAGGAGUAUUGCUCAUACUGGCGAUCAUUCAAGCUGUACUAUUGGGGAUCGCCACUCAGUUGAAUGACGAAGACGAAGUUAAUCUGAGCCGAGCUCUGUCAGACUCCUUCGCAUUAGCUCGAGGGGACUCCCCAAGGCAUGUCAAGCUGUGGAACAAUAUACAGCAUGAUUUAACUUGCUGUGGAGUAUACGGUCCAGAUGACUAUCGUAGCUUGAACGUCCCAGAUUUCUUCUCCCCUGACGUGCCCAUCUCCUGCUGCCCAACAUACGACCCCGACCGCUCUAGCCUCGUGCAAGAGAGGGAGAGGGAGUCCUGCAAGGCUAAGAAGGAGUACUACGAUGUGGGGUGCAGGGAAUCCGUCAUUCAACUGUACCGGGAUACUGCGCAGACUGUGCUCGGAGUUACUAUUGGUCUCAUUAUAUUUAUGGUGGCACUAGCAGUAAUAGGUGUGGUUAUGGCAAAGAAAUGCAAACCGCAAGCAGAUUCCCCACCGCCGCCGCCGCAAGCGCCGCAAAACAAAGCGUCUCCGAAACCGCUCAAAGUAUGACAUCAACAUAAUCUUUGAAGUGCCAAGUGGUUUAGUUUAAAAAAAAUGAUUUCAGAAAAAAAUCGUUCGGUUAAGUACAUCUUUUUGCUGUAACGAUGAAAAUGUUCUCGAAAACAUUAUUCUUAAUUUUCAUGUAGGUAGGUACAAAAAAAAAAAUCUUACCACUUAACUUUCGAAUAAAAAAGGCUUUAAGAAUCCAAGACUUAAUUUAAUUUUUUUAAUAUUGUUGUAAAAAAAUCUAAAAUUGAGUACAAAGUAAAGCGUGACGUCAUAGACAUAGUACCUCUUCAAAAUUUUGAAAGAUUAAGGCAUUUCAAAGGUAGUUUUAAGAUUCAUCCAACAUAUCUCCAGAGAACAAAAUUGGACUUUUGUCUGAGUAAGACUUCGAUAAGGAUCUCAAAGAACAAAGAUGGCUGACAAAAUGAAAAUAAUAGCUUUUAAGUUAUUUAUUUAAGUAAAGCAUGUUUUUGUAGGAAUCGUAAUUUAAGUUAAGUAAAUGAGACUAAA